AAACAUCAACAGUUACAGGUGGACGGCCGCUAGGGCCGCCCAGCGGGUUUCCCCCCGCGGCGCGACUCGGGAUGCCGUCGGGAAUGUUCAGCGUGUCUAUCAACACGAAGCAGCCCCCCGAGCCCAAGGCGGGGGACCGCGAGCCGACCGUCGGCAUCGGGCCGCCCGAGGCGGACGCGCACACGGCCAGCAAGCCCGAGGCCUCGAUCACCUCUUACGUGUUCGACGCCAUCAUGGAGGCCGUGGGGGCGGAGCUGGCGCGCACGCUCGAGGAGCUCCAGGCGCAGCACGGCCGGCUGCAGCAGCGCGCCGUGCGCCAGGCGGUGUCGCAGGCGGCCGCUCAGCUGGCGCUGCAGCGCCCCGCGAGCGGCGGGCACCCGAGCGCCCGCGAGGGCCGCGAGGAGCAGCCUUCGGCGAGCCCCCCGGGCUUGGAGGGGCGGGCCGCCGCGAAGUCCGGCCUGGCCUUUGUGGAGCUGCCCCCGGUGGAGGUGGACCCUGGGCUCGGCAAGAAGGCUGGCGGCCGCGACGGCACGUCGUGGGUGCUGGGCCCGCGGCUGGGUCGUUCUCCGAGGCCUCCGGGGGCCUGCGCUGGGACCCCUGGGGGCUUCGGGGACCCCGAACUGGGGUGA